CCCACAUUGCACUAACUGCAAGUCAGCGCGUGUGUAUCGUCCGAUUUUAAACUAGAACUUUACCAUUCUACAACAUGUCUUCUAGGUACGACAGAGCAAUCACUGUUUUUUCACCAGAUGGCCACUUAUUUCAGGUAGAAUAUGCCCAAGAAGCUGUGAAAAAAGGAUCAACUGCGGUUGGUGUGCGUGGAAAGGAUCUGGUAGUCCUGGGUGUGGAGAAGAAGUCGGUUGCCAAGCUGCAGGAGGAGAGGACAGUCAGAAAGAUAUGUGUUCUUGAUGACCACGUCUGUAUGGCAUUCGCUGGCCUGACAGCAGAUGCACGCAUCCUCAUCAACAGGGCUCGUAUAGAAUGCCAGAGUCACAGGCUCACUGUGGAAGACCCUGUCACAGUGGAGUAUAUCACUCGCUUCAUGGCCCAGCUCAAACAGCGCUACACACAAAGCAACGGUCGAAGGCCCUUUGGACUGUCAACUCUGAUUGUAGGUUUUGACUACGAUGGUUCCCCUAGACUGUACCAGACCGACCCCGCUGGGACAUACCAUUCAUGGAAGGCCAAUGCCAUCGGACGCAGUGCCAAGACAGUGAGGGAGUUUUUGGAGAAGCAUUACUCUGAUGAAGUUGUGGAGAGUGAAAGCGAGACGGUCAAGCUAGCCGUGCGAGCCCUGCUUGAGGUUGUCCAGUCAGGCGCCAAGAAUAUUGAACUGGCUGUGAUGAGGAGAGGAGAGCCACUCAAGAUGUACGAAGUAUCAGAGGUGGAGAAGUACGUCACAGAGAUCGAGAAGGAGAAGGAGGAGGAAGCCGAAAAGAAAAAGCAGAAGAAAGGAGCCGCAACUUCAUAAUGAUUAGUCGGAGCAUGUCUUGUAUAUUGUUUUUGUAUGUUCAAUUGAGAGGCCCCUCCACAGUUGGUCUGCAAUUUCUGUAUUGAUGAAAUUGGACCAAAGUGUUAAAAGAAACCUGGUAUAAGCACAAAACAGAAAUUUUGUGUUUGGAAUGGUUAGGGUCCUACCAUAUUGUACCGUGUAUAGAUUUUCCUAGUACAUAAUCCUUCCUAUGAAGAGAAUUUUAAAAAGAGAUAACGUUUCUGAUCAUAGAUCACAUACCUGUCCCAAUAUGAACAUUUCAUUUUUUUUAAUGUCUUCAUGUCAUGUUAGUAUGUACAAUCAAUAUUUGUUUGUAAUACAUGUAGUUUGUACAAUCGCCUCUUAUAGGCUAUUCAACAAUGUGAUGUUGAGCCAUGGAAUGAAAUUUUCAAGAAACUCACGAAAAUUAACCCCAUGAAGAAUACAUCUUAUCUUAUUUGUUAAUGUGUCACAGCAUCUAAAUUGCAGUUGAAAGAUGCAUAAACUAAGUGGUGGAAAAUUAAAACAGCCCCAUUUAAUAACUUUUCAAAAGACACAUGGCAACAUGUUGUUGAUAUAAAGAAUAAUAGCACUCUGUAUGUGUAUGUUAUGCUAGAUCAUAAUGGGUUACACAUGGGCCCAAUUCACCCAUCUGUCUAUGUGGAUACGGUAACUUGAUUUCAUUCGCUUGUGAGCCUAUUGUGAAUUAUACUUGUGGUCUGUUGAAUAACUGGCUUGAUCAGUUUAAAACUACCCGAACCGAGGGGUAUCAUCAAGCGACUCAUUCAUGAAAUGGAAUGUUAAUCCUCAAUCAAUUUGUUGUACAGGUGUCCCAUUUGUGGAUUGGAAUCAUAUGUUUCAUGAUUGUGUAAAAGGUAUGGGGUGGUAUUUUGAAAACUAUGUUAUAUUUUAUGUUGAUAAAAGUAUGUUUUAAUUGCCAUAUCAAAUCUAAUUAGGACAUGUCAUUGGUUAAUUUUGGAGAAAGCUGACUGUGUGCGCAUACAGACAUCUACGUGAUAAGCGUCUACUCUACUCAAUUUGUUAUGACAACUAACAUACUAUUCAGUAACAUAAAAGACAGCAUUGUUUUCAGAAUACGAACCAUGGAGAGCCUCUGUAAUAAUAUACCAAAUGUCAUUAAAUUUGAAUAAUACUGUCAAAGUUGUACAUGUAUGUACAGGGUUGAACACACAAAAGAGCUCAUGUCCUUGCUUCUAUGGCUUGUUUAAAAGUUUUGACACUUUCAAAAACCAGUUGAAAUAAUCACUAGGUCUUUUCUUCUAUCUUGACAUAUACCUAACAAUUUUAGGCUUUUCAACAUGAAGUCAGAUGAAACACAAUGAGAGUAACUAAAGACAAUUACUAUAUAAACAUCAAUACCAAGAUUGUAAUAUUAUGAUUAUGAUGUACAGAUGUUGCAUGCCAUGUAAUAUACUGUAGCAAGGCUCUUUUUUCUUUUUUUUGUGUGUAUUCUGUAGAAAUAUGGUCAUUUUGCAAAGCAAAACAUUAAAAUUCUUUUCCAACACUAUACUA